AUGGAUUUAUCUGAUGAUUCUCCCCAAAAUACAGAAGAAAUAACCACGAGUACAGCUAUAGUGGCUGAUAUUCAGAGUAGUUCUGGGCUUUCUAUAUCAAUACAUCCAUUAGUGAUCUUGAACAUUUCGGAUCACUUUACACGCACACAGUUACAAAAUCCAGAAGUUUUGUCAAAUGGUCGAAUGUACGGCGCAUUGUUAGCAGCACAAACAGGACGCGAUGUUGAUAUUGCCAAUUCUUUCGAAAUGCCGCUGUCUCUAAAAGGCGAUGCUACUCUGGAUAAAGCAUUUCUGUUGAACAAAUUAGAACAAUGUAACAAAAAACGAACUUUCUAUCUCUAUUAUCAAGUAUUCCCUAAACUGGACUUCAUGGGCUGGUACAGUAUAGGAUCUAGACCUUCAGAAAGCGAUUUAAAAUUACAUGAACGAAUUUUAGAGAUAAAUGGGUCAGCUCUCUUUUUACAAAUGGAUCCCAACAGGUUAACGCCAAGCGGUGGAGCGAGAGAAUUUCCAAUAACAAUAUAUGAAUCACUGAUCGAUAUCGUAGAUGGAAAUACACGUUCCAUAUUCAUUAAAUCCGCCUAUAAAGUAGAGUUAGGUGAAGCAGAACGUAUCGCUAUAGAUCAUGUAGCAAAACCCAGUUCGUCUACAUCAGAAACCGGCUUAGGAAAUACAUGUGAGUCAUGCUAGAACUGCAUUUCUAUAGUGAAUGGCAUGAAAAAAGACACAGUGUAUGCUUUAUGCACUCUAACGCACAAAUUAUAUGUAAUAUCGCUUUAGUGAUCGCUCAUUUGACAACACAAAGAAAUGCUAUCGCCAUGCUGAACUCAAGGAUUCAAUUUCUUCACCGAUACCUGCAGGAUACGAAAGCAGGUAAUAUACCAGUGGAUCAUGAUAUCUUACGUCAGAUUUCGAGUGUGUGCAGACGAUCGCCGAUAUUAGAAAAAGAGGCUUUUAACAAAGAAUUUUCAACCGUAAGUGAGCCUUCAAAUUGUCCAUAAGCAUUCUUUUUCUUUUCUCCUGAAUUAGGUUGACGUUUGAUUAGGAACAUGAUGAUGUGUUAUUGGUUGCUUAUUUAGCCCUCAUUACGAAGGGGUUGAAUACAGUAAAUGAUCUUGUCGAUAAAUUCAAUUUGGUA